AUGCGUUGGGAAGAAUUUACCUUUCUUUUGUUACUAAUAUCCGGCACAAAUGCACAGUUUGGUGAGAUUGCUUCACUAGCCACAUCGCUUCUUGGUGGAGCCCUCGGUAAUGGAGCUGGGAUCGGAGCACUUGCCGGAGCGGGAGCAGCUGGUGCUGGCGCUGCGGGUCAAGCAGGAGGAGCUCUUGCUCAAAUUGGGCAAUUGUAUCAACUUGCACAAGGAGCUCUUCAACUGACUGGAACAGGAGUCGGUGUGCUCAAUCAAGCUUCAGAGGGUAAUUGGUUCCCAGCUGUUUUAGAACAAACUGCGAAAAACUCUCAAGCUCUGAUGAAACAAGGUGGUGGUAACGGCUUGAAUCUUGGAGCGCUUGGACCAGCCCCAGGAAAAACAGCUGGUGGCGGAAUCGGACCGGAAUUCGGAACCAGCUUCCCAGCGCCAAACAUAGAUGACUAUGACGAGAAUGCAGAAAUUCCGGGAGAAGAAGAAGAGACAACCGAACCAACUACUCCACCCCCAAGACAAAUUAGGAUUCAGCUACCUGACAAAGACGGGAAAGCAGAGCCAGAGGAAGAGUUGGACUAUGAAGACCUUAUCAACAAAAAGGCUCAAAAAAGCAAGCCAAUGAUCCCAACCAUUGACGCUGAAAGCACUGAUGAGAUCAAAAGAAACGUCAUCGCAACUCAUGGAGCAAAAACACAACCUGUUGUUCCUAAAUUAGACAAGCUGGUUGAAGUUCUUCAGAAGAGUAAGCUGUCAAAGGAAGAAAUUGAUGAAAUUGUUGCACAAGUGAGUGUGGAAGGGAAUAAACACAUUGAGAAACCUGCCAAGUAUGACUUCAACGCGGCAGUACAAAACAUUCCUGACAAGAAAAACACGAUUCGUCAAAAAAUCACAGACGCUUCUCGUAUUAUCAAUUCAAACCUUGAAAAUCAGCGUAAAGAGCAGAGUAUCGUAAUUCAAAAACAAGUUGAUGAAUUCAAAGUGUUUCGCGACUUGACACAUUCCAAUAUUGCAAGUCACCUCACAACAAAGAAACCUACUACAACAACAAAAGCAACUACUACUACUUCACCAAAAUUUGUUCCUACUGUUCUUCCUGCAUCCUCCCAAGCAACCACGACUUCUCCAAAAUCAAUCCCUACCACCACAUUAACCCAGAAACAUGUUCAGCAAACUCGCUCUGUUCAACAAGUUGCUCCACCUCCAGCUCCUCAAGUUGUUCCACAGGUGGCGCCACAACCUCAAGUGGCUGCACCAUUUUUGCAACCACAGCCACAACAACCAUACAACAACUUUUUGCUUCCUCCAAACCAUUUCCAGCAUUCUUUCCACCAGCAGCAGCAAAAUUUGUAUUACACACAGGCACCACUCUACGGACAGCAGACUCAAAACUACUGGGGUCAACAACAAAAUCAAUACAACCAGCAGUACGGUCUGCACCCAAAUCAACAACAACAGCAAAAACAAAACUUCCAACAACCACAACAACAACAAUACGGAUACUCGAUGCCAUAUCCAUCGCAGCAACCACAACCACUGACACGUGUUCAACCACAACAGCAACAGCAGCAACAAUAUUAUUCGUAUAUUCAACAAUUCAUCACUCAACAACCGACAAAACAACCCCCAGCUCCUGUACAACAAAGAGUUGCUCCACCUGCGCCUUCCCAACAAGCUGUCUACCGACAAGGAAAUGCACAAGCCACCGCUGCUUCACCAAGACCAGUGUAUCCACAAGGAAACGUGCAUCAAGUUGUGCACUAUUACAACGAUGGUCAACAGAUUGUGCAACAAAUUAUUCCUAAAGUAAUUGCUGCAAAUGGAAACCUACCUCUGAGUGGACCAUUCCAAUCUCAUUCCGUUGCUGCUGUUGACCCAGCUGAAUACGAGAAACGGCAGGAAAUACUUCGACAAGCCUACCAGCAGCCACAAACUCGCAGCGCAGAAGCACAAGGAAACGUACGAGUACAGCCAUCCGCGCGUGUUCAACCUAGAAUCUACGAGUCUACAGUAACUGCCACAGGACAUAGACAAGCCCAUGCUAUACGAACAUAUCAAGCUACCAAGUCAGUCAGCGUUACACCGCCCAACUCACAACCGGCAGCCGCUACGAGAAGUUCCGGAAGAGUGAGUGCAGCCAAGAAGCGAUACAGUGGACAUGUUCUUCCGGGACCAACAAUUGAUCAUAGAAACUUGGAAAACAAGAAAUUGAAAUACGAAGAAAUGACAAACACAUACAGAAAGUCGAAACGAAAAUCGAUCAUAACUGCUGUCCGAAAUAUGCUCAAGAAAAAUUAUAUCGGAAAAACCGAAGUAAAUACAACAAUGUCCGCGGAAAGUUUUGCAUAUGACGGGCCCGUUAUUUUUGACGAUUUCGACGUUAGUAUGAUGAAUCCAGGUCUGGACUUGUUGGACUUUAGAAAAUCGGACCCGCAACGACUCACUGAUUUUGAAACAAAAAUGGAAGACAAUAAAUCUUAUGUGAAUUCGGCAUAUGUUGGGCAGAUGGACACUUCAUUGUCCACUACAUCGAACAAGACCGCAGGACGUCCUCGCCUCACUCGACAGAACGCAAUAGUGCAAGAAGCUUUAUCUGGAACUGCAAUGACCACAGCGGGAAAAAAUAAGAUUGAGGGUGAACACGAUUCAAAAAUACUUCAACAAUAA